UGCCAAUUGUACCUCAUAAACUAUCGCGUGGAACUACAAAGACGUCGACCUCUCUCUCUGCCUCUUUCUCGCUCUACAAUGGCAGAGAAUGAUGGUGAAAGAGAGAGAGACCGAGAUCAGUCUCUUUCUCUCUCCACAAUGUCGUAGAGAGAGCGAGCGAAGGGCAGGGGAGAAUUUUGUCCGUUAAUGAUUAGCAGAACUCUUUUUCUGAUGAAACCUGUUCUGCUGUAAUAAUAAUAAUAUUAAAAAAAACAGCGAGUCAGAACUUACUCUCUCCACGCCCUUAAAUCAAUUGAAUUGGUUUCUUGGUUUGUGGGUUUCGCUUGGCUUCUUCAAUUUCAACCUGCUUCCUUUUGCAGUUUUGCAUCAUAGGUCGGUGUAAUUUUCAGCUGGGUCUGGGGGUUGUUACUUUUGUGUUCGGCUGAAAAGAUUGAUUGACCAAUUGAGCUGACUCAGCUGACCCCACCUCCGAAUUUCGGCCACAGUGUGUGAAAUUAUCGUAAUAAUUUCAUCUGGGGUUUUGCCCUUCCCUAUAUGAUGCGUUGUUGACCUGUGUUCGAUCAUCCAAAUACUUUUCUCGCCUCUCUGGUGUUUAUGUUGGGUCAUAUGUUUUGUGGGUAAAAAUCUUUUCAGCAUUCAAUUCCUCUGGCGGACGAAAUUAUUCUUUUGAUUUGAGUAAUAUCAAUUUGGAGAAUCGGAUUUCGAUUUGUUUCGUUAUUGUUAAGUAUUUGUGAAGGAUUUGGGGUGUUGGAAUCAGUUGUUGAAUUUGCAUGGCCAGCGGAUUGGAAAUUGAAGAUGAGACUGAAAACAAAGGGAGCAUGUGGGUUUUGGAGCAGAAGCUUGACCAGCCCAUGGAUGAAGAGGCUGGGAGACUCAGAAAUAUGUAUAGAGAAAAAAAGUUCUCCGCAUUACUGCUUCUGCGACUUGCAUUUCAGAGUCUUGGAGUGGUCUAUGGGGACCUAGGUACAUCUCCCUUGUAUGUGUUCUACAAUACUUUCCCUCAUGGAGUUAGAGAUCCGGAGGAUGUCAUUGGGGCUCUUUCAUUGAUCAUUUACUCCCUUACUCUUAUACCACUACUGAAGUACGUUUUCAUAGUGUGCAAGGCGAAUGACAAUGGUCAAGGUGGAACUUUCGCUCUUUAUUCACUACUAUGUCGACAUGCAAAAAUCAAUACGAUUCCUAAUCAACACCGGACUGAUGAGGAGCUGACAACAUAUAGUCGCAACACAUUCCAUGAGCAUUCAUAUGCUGCAAAAACCAAGAGAUGGUUGGAGAAAUAUGCUUCAAGAAAGCACGCUCUUCUUGUGCUUGUCCUUGUUGGCACUUGCAUGGUUAUUGGGGAUGGAAUUCUCACUCCAGCAAUAUCAGUUCUGUCAGCUUCUGGAGGAAUCAAGGUAGACCACCCCAAGAUGAGUAACGAUAUAGUUGUGCUGGUCGCUGUUGUCAUUUUGAUAUUCUUGUUUAGCCUGCAACACUAUGGUACAGAUAAAGUAGGGUGGCUUUUUGCUCCAAUUGUGCUACUUUGGUUUAUUUUAAUUGGAGGUAUUGGCAUAUUCAACAUUCGGAAAUAUGAUAGCAGUGUUCUGAGAGCUUUUUCACCCGUGUAUAUAGUUCAUUAUUUCAGAAGGGGAGGAAGAGAUGCUUGGACCUCCCUCGGAGGGAUCAUGCUUAGUAUCACAGGGACAGAGGCUCUUUUUGCUGACCUAGCCCAUUUUCCAGUUUCUGCUAUACAGCUUGCUUUCACAGUAGUUGUGUUUCCAUGUCUGCUUUUAGCCUACUGUGGGCAAGCUGCCUACCUUGUCAAACACAAGGAUCAUGUCAUUGAUGCAUUCUAUCAUUCUAUUCCAGAUAGGAUUUACUGGCCGGUUUUUCUCGUUGCAACUUUAGCUGCUAUUGUUGCAAGUCAAGCCACUAUAUCUGCUACCUUUUCAAUAAUCAAGCAGGCCCUGGCACUUGGAUGUUUCCCUAGAGUCAAGGUUGUGCACACAUCAAAGAAAUUCCUCGGGCAGAUAUACAUACCAGAUAUUAAUUGGAUCCUUAUGAUUCUUUGCAUUGCUGUGACUGCGGGAUUUAAAAAUCAAAGCCAAAUUGGCAACGCAUAUGGGACUGCAGUCGUAAUAGUAAUGCUGGCGACCACAUUGCUCAUGACUCUAAUUAUGUUACUAGUGUGGCAUUGCCACUGGAUUGUCGUCGUUAUCUUCACCGGCUUAUCUCUGAUAGUGGAAUGCACUUACUUCUCAGCUGUACUUUUCAAGGUUGAUCAGGGUGGGUGGGUCCCGCUCGUGAUCGCAGCAGCCUUUCUUCUCAUCAUGUACUUCUGGCAUUAUGGUACGUUGAAGCGCUACGAAUUUGAGAUGCAUAGUAAGGUCUCGAUGGCGUGGAUCCUUGGAUUGGGACCCAGUUUAGGGUUGGUCCGUGUCCCUGGGAUAGGCCUUGUGUACACUGAGCUGGCAAGUGGGGUCCCACACAUUUUCUCUCACUUCAUUACAAACUUACCCGCCAUUCAUUCUGUUGUUGUGUUCGUGUGCGUGAAAUACCUUCCAGUGUAUACAGUUCCAGAAGAGGAGAGAUUCCUCGUAAAACGGAUUGGACCUAAAAAUUUUCACAUGUUUCGGUGUGUCGCGAGAUACGGCUAUAAAGACCACAAGAAGGAUGAUGAGUUUGAGAACAAGCUGUUUGAUAAUCUUUUCAUGUUUGUUCGGCUUGAGUCGAUGAUGGAAGGGUGUUCUGAUUCAGAUGAGUAUAGCUUGUAUGGACAACAAACAGAGAGGUCAAAAGAUUCUCUUCUGAGGGAUAAUCCCAACUCAGCUUAUUGCAACUUUGACCCUACAAUCUCGUCUGUGGACUCAAUUGUGCAGGUGAAAUCACCGUUGCACGGAAAUAAUCAUAGUGGGGUGUCAUCAGGGCAGACAAGCAAUCAGACAGAGGUGAAUGAGUUGGAGUUUUUGACCAACUGUAGAGAUGCUGGGGUGGUGCACAUACUUGGUAACACAGUGGUGAGAGCAAGUAGGGAUUCUAAAAUCUGUAAGAAAAUAGCUGUUGAUUAUAUUUAUGCAUUUCUUAGGAAGAUUUGCAGGGAAAAUAGUGUCAUCUUCAAUGUUCCUCAUGAAAGCCUCUUGAACGUUGGGCAGAUAUUCUAUGUGUGAAAAUUCUUUGAGAAUGUGAUCAGUGAGAAUAUAGUCAUGUUUUUAUCA